UAAAAACGGCACUGCCUGGCAUCCGUUAGACCCAACGAAUGGAUUAUGUAGCAGUCUAUCAGUAUCUUUGCUCUUCGAUGAUAUCUGAUGGAAUUCAGAACCACUGCUAGGCAUGGUUAUGGUGUGAAAUUUUCUCCCUACUUUCCGCAUAGACUGGCUAUUUCUACGUCUCAACAUUUUGGCAUAGCUGGUUGUGGUACUUUGUUCCUGGUUGAUUUUCUUCCCAGUGGUCCACAGCUUCUGAGAACCUAUGACUGGAAUGAUGGACUCUUUGACGUGACAUGGGCAGAGAAUAAUGAAAACAUCGCUGUAACAGCUUCAGGAGAUGGUGGAAUACAAAUCUGGGAUGUUGCACAGCAAAGAGGUCCAAUUAUGGAUUACAAAGAACACACCCAAGAGGUUCACAGUGUUGACUGGAGCCAGACUAGAUCAGAGCACCUGGUGCUGAGUGCAUCCUGGGACAAAACAAUCAAACUGUGGGACAUCUUCCAAGGUCAAAGAUACUCUCUUGCCACAUUUUGUGGCCAUGAACAGCGGGUGUACAGUGCAAUUUGGUCACCACAUAUUCCAGGUUGUUUUGCAUCUGUGUCAGGGGACUGCACAAUACGUGUAUGGGACACACGGAAGUCAUACAUGGCACAACUUGUGAUACCUGCACUUAAAUCAGAGGUUUUAUCAUGCGACUGGUGCAAGUAUGAUCAGUACCUCCUUAUCACUGGUUCUGUAGACUGUGGUAUACGAGGCUGGGAUCUCAGAAAGCCUAGAUCACCAGUAUUUGAUCUCAGGGGGCACAACUAUGCCAUUAGAAGACUCAAGUGUUCACCUUUUCAAGGAAACAUCAUUGCUUCUGCAUCAUAUGAUUUCACAGUUAGGUAAUAUCAUUUCUUUCUGAUACAUAUAUGGAGGUACUGCUAGUACAUGUGACAUAUUUUUCUGUGGCCACUCACUAGAUAACAAAUUCAAGAUUUUGUAAUGUGGUCUGAAAUUAUCCAAAUAUUGAGUAUACCUGUCAACAAUAUUGAGUACUGAUAGUUUUUUUUCUGAGGUUUUCUCAGAGCAGCUCAAGGUUUUCAUAUUCUAGCAUGACUGUUUGAAUUUUGGUUUGUUCUCAUGCAUGCUCGCAAGUUAACAAAUUACUCUGUGAAUUUCCACAGGUGACCCCCUGUCCAGCCCCUUAACAAUAGGCCUACACUUGUUUCUUUUCCACACAUAAACUUUCAUGUCUCAAUUAAAUAAAAACAGAAGGCAAAAACUUAACUUCUCUCUAGGGGUGCAGUUAUACUAAAGUUUAAUAAUAACUUCAUUAUAUCUUGUUACCAGAUGUUUUUCUAGUAUCUUACCUGUGGCAUCUAUUAAAUAUUGCUUUACUAGUCAUCUUCCAAGGAAUUUUUUCCAGGUGAGCUAUCUGUCACAUCAGAAUACAUGCAUUUCAAUAAUUGUGUUAGAAUAGUCACUGUUACAGUACUACUAGUGAAGGUUGCCUAGUCGUCACAUAAUAGUAAAAUUUUAUCUAUUGGUACCCUUGUAGCAAUGUAGACUGUCAUACUAUACAUACAAAUGCAGUAGGGAUAACACAUUUUUUGUAGGAUAAUAUGGAUAUGAGAAGAAGGAAAUUUCUAGGGGAAAGUGUGUGACAUUAUGUAGCCCUAAAGUGCAAAUUCCAUCCUUUAAUGCUUCUGUCAGUCUUCUCCAGCCUACUUAAUCAAUUAUAAAUAAUCCCUGCACAUAUACCGUUAUAUGUUCCAGCAUAUAGGGAAAGAAAGGUGUAUUCAGUUUUGACCAUAAAGCUCCAUAUCUUUUAGCUGCAAUAUGAACAAGACCCCUGGAACAAACGAUUAAUUAGAAGUUAUUUUCUCUUUCACCAGAGAAAUUUAUCACUGUAAAUACUGAAAAUCACAUAAACAUAUUUUCUCAUUUUAAAAGUUGGACUGUAUUCAUCAAAUAUUUUGUUUUUGGGUAUAGUGCAUUUAUUAAAAUAAAGUGUAUGUGCAUAUGUUUUUGUGUAUGUACUAGUGUAUAUGCACCUGCUGAUAUAGAUUAAUGAGAACAUGAUAGAUAUAUGAAUGUAAUUUUUUAUGUACAAACACUGAU